AUGAGAGUGGCGGCGGGUGCUGCUUUAGACGGGCUGUGGCCUCAGUCUCCCCCACCCCUGGAGGUGAAUUCAGAAGUAACAGAGAAAAGACGAAACUGGGCGAGAGCAAAUGACAGGUCAAUGAAAUCUAAAGAUCGGCACAGCUCAGCACCAGCUCAACUCCAACGCAGGCAAAUCCGAGGGACUGCCAGAGGACGGCCGCCCCUUCACUCCACUCCUCCGAAGAUGGCAGGGCGUAACCUCUACUCUGCCUCAGCGGGUUCUUUACCAGCAGUGAAGAUCCCAAAGGAAAGCGGGCGCAGACCUGGGUUCAAGCUCAAGUCUCAGGUUCUCCUGACUCCUCGCCUGUCACGUCCGCCAAGGACCCCAGAGCCCGACCUCAGCUCCAUCCCUCAGGACACAGCCACCAUCCCCAACCUGGCAGUCCCACAGGUUCUCACAGUCUGCCUCUACAUCAACAAGCAAACCAACGCAGGGCCCUACUUGGAGAGGAGGAAGGUGCAGCAGCUGUCCUCGCACUUCGGGCCUGAGGUGUCGGCCGUCCUGCAGCAGGCCGUCCAGGCGUGCCCACCAGCAAAAGUUUCUUUCCCCCGGGUCAGGCAGGGCUAUGGGGGCGAGGUGGUGUCAGUCUCAGCCUGCUUUGAUGGUAAACAGCACCUACGCGUUCUGCCCGUGGUCAACAGCGUGGGCUACGUCCUCCGCUUCCUCGCCAAGUUCAGCCAGAGUCUCCUGUGUGAAGACCUCUUCAGCCACCAGUCAUUCCCGGGGGGCUCCAGUGCCUCUGGGGAGGCCCAGGAGAGAGAGGACUGGCCGAUGGGGCCAGCCGAGACCGUCGCCCUGGAAGAGUGCCUGGUGAGCGCUGUGGGCAUGAGCCGCUACGGCCUGGACGCCUCCAGCUCCGCCUGCAGCCACAGGGGCUCCUUGCCGCCCUCCUCCUUGCUCUACUGCAAGAGGCAGAACUCCGGAGAUGGCCACCUCGCGGGAGGCCCUGCCACCGCUGCCAGUGGGCCCCGCACCAGCCCUGUGCCCUCGGGAGGCCCCUCGGCACCUACACUGAGGCCCCCAGCCUCCAGCCCCAGGAGAAACGGGACGUUCGUGGAAGGAAACAGAUGUGCCCCGAGCCCCUCUCCGGACAGACAGGACACCCGGCGGCCACGGAGCAGGAACCCGUCCACCUGGACCGUGGAGGACGUGGUCUGGUUCGUGAAAGACGCCGACCCGCAGGCUCUGGGGCCGCACGUGGAGCUCUUCAGGAAGCACGAGAUUGAUGGCAAUGCUCUCCUGCUUCUGAGGAGUGACAUGAUCAUGAAGUACCUGGGCCUGAAGCUGGGGCCCGCCCUGAAACUCUGCUACCACAUCGACAGGCUGAAGCAAGCCAAGUUCUGAAGACAGAAGCCAAGCCCAAGAUGACAGAGCUCGGGUUCAUCUCCUGCCUGACCGACAGCCAGCCAGCCCCAUGAAUGGGCUCUCCUGUGCGCAUCAGCAGCCACAAAGACUUGUUUUUCGUAUUUUUUUUUUGUAAAAUUUGUGCACCUUUGCCUUUUAAAAAAAAACAUAGCUCUUUUUGAAAGGCC